CGUUACUGCUCGACGCUCCGUUGUCUGUUACCUUCCUUUUCAAAGUGCCGGAAAAACAAAUCGGAGCUUUUCUCGAUGGAAUGAAAUUAUGACAGCGGCGCUCGUCAUGGAAAACGUGAAUUGGGAUCCCGCGUUGUCCAAGCUCUUGAAUUCACUUCAGGAGAGCAAGAAUGAAAUACCCAGUUGCACGGAUGAAGAAUUCGGUUUCCUCAGUGAUUUGUUGCAGUCGAAAGAAUUGAACGCGCUGGUGAACGUCCACAAUAAAAUUGUGAAUAAUGUCAAGGACGACAAGUUCUUCCCGGUUCUCUCGAACUCCAUGGAUAUCGACAUCGAUGUUCUGGACUUACUAUCGACGAAAACGCACAUCUCGAAGGACUGCAAGGAGCUGUUUCAUCUGCUCCAGAAACCGCACAUACAGGGCCUUUUGUGCGCGCACGACGCGGUCGCCCAAAAAGACUACUAUCCCCGACUGCCGGAAAUUCCCUUGGAAGUGGACGAGGAUGAGGAAACCGUGAAGAUCGUGCAAUUGGUGAAGUCCAACGAGCCUUUGUGUGGCACCGGCGUUGAACCGAUCGUGGGGGCGACCAUAAAAACGUGCGAAGUCACCGGGAAGAUCGUGAUAGCGCGAAUAAUGCACGGCGGCGCGGCCGAUAGAUCCGGCCUCAUUCACGUUGGAGACGAGGUCUGCGAGGUCAACGGUAUCAGCGUCGAGGGAAAGACUCCGAACUGUGUUCUCAAGAUACUGCAAAAUUCAGAAGGUACGAUCACCUUUAAAAUAGUCCCCGCGGACAGCAAAGGAGGUAUACGGGAAAGUAAGGUGCGAGUCAGAGCGCAUUUCUCAUACAAAGCUGGGGAUGAUCCGUAUAUACCUUGCAAAGAGGCUGGACUAGACUUUACCAAGGGUGACGUUCUUCACAUCGUCAGCCAGGAUGACGCUUAUUGGUGGCAAGCCAGACGCGAGGGGGAUCGAAAUAUGAGAGCUGGUUUGAUCCCCAGCAGAGCUCUUCAAGAGAGACGAAUUAUUCUCGAGAGACAACAAAAAGAAAAAACCGACGAUGACAAUAUAAGCUUGUGUUCUGUUCCAGUGCCUUUGCCUUCAUUGUGCCCCCGUCCCAGUACCUCUUUGCACGCCUCGCCCACAAAGUGCAACUUGCAGGGAGUAAAAACUAAAAAAAUCAUGUAUGACGCUGCAGAGAACGACGAUUUCGACCGGGAAGAAAUACCGACCUACGAAGAGGUCGCGAAGCUCUAUCCGAGACCAGGUCUCUACCGGCCGGUGGUUCUGAUCGGGCCACCGGGAGUCGGCAGGAACGAGCUCAAGAGGCGGCUAAUGGCCACCGAUCCCGAUAAGUACAAGACGCCCGUGCCUUAUACCUCGAGAUCACCAAGACCGGGCGAAAUGAACGGCAAAGAGUACCAUUUCGUGAGUCGCGAGAAGCUGGAGGAAGAGGUCGAGGCUGGAAAGUUCAUAGAGUACGGCGAGUAUAAGGGUAACCUGUACGGAACCAGUUCCGAGAGCGUGAGCUCGCUGAUAAACGCCGGAUACGUGUGCCUAUUAAAUCCACACUAUCAAGCCCUUAAGAUGCUUCGAACACCGCAGACGAAACCGUACGUGAUAUACAUAAAACCACCGCGAUUCGAAAUACUGAAGGAGACGAGAAACGACGCGAGAGCAAGGUCGACCUUCGAUGAAAGCAAUUCUCGAGGAUUCACGGACGAGGAGUUUCAUGAAAUUCUGCACAGCGCGGCGAGGAUAGAAUUCCUGUACUCUCACCUGUUCGACGAAGUGAUAGUGAACGCUGAUCUCCCUAUGGCGUUCGAGCAAUUGGUCAAUGCGGUUCAUCGAGUAGAAUCGGAACCGCUUUGGGUACCUGCCUCGUGGGUUCAAUAAAUUUCGCUUCGACGAGCAGGUCACGAAGACCUAUAAGCGAAAAAAGUCUGUUUGUUAUCGAUGCUCCCUAAACACUUAUGAUCGACGAUUGCUUUUCUUGCCAGUUUUUCGAGCAAAAUUGAUCAAUAAACCGCAUUCGGUUUCCCUCGUCUACUCUUCUACAAAUAUUUCGUGUUAUACGAUGCUUCCGAAUAUAAUAUUUACGUGUUCGGUAUACGCCGCGAACUCGAGCUACAAGUUUUUUUUUUUCUAUAUUACCAUGUAGAUUGUGUUCCAUUAGGUUCUGUCGUCGACACGGCGCUUUAGAACAGAGAGCGCGGCGAGGAACUCGACGAGUAUCGGCGGUUUAUCGAAUACUUUUGUGGGCGACUUUUUGUUUCGAAGCGUAUAUAUAUAUAUAUAUAUAUUCUUAAAAUUUAGAACCUUUACUGCCUCAGACGUCGCGAUCGACGGGAACCUCUUACGACGUUCGUCGGAAGAAACUAAAGCGUUGCAACCGCUUUUCAUUUUAUCGCGACUGAUCGGACGAAUACGAAGUUAUUCGCGUGCGGCGAAAUUUCAAAGAAUAUUAAGCAGGACGCAAGAACCGCGUUAAAAUGCUCCUACGUAAUUCUGGGAUCAACGAUUGUAAAUGGUAUUGUCCGGGAACGAUUAGCAAAUUUAACGUAAUUUCACAUUUUGGACAUUGAGAUUAGACCGCGUUCCGAAACGCUACCACGCUACCAUGCAUGACCUUUGAUCCCAAUUGUUGUUGAUUGUUGCCAAAAUAAGUAUCGUACCUAGAACAUGGUGAGAAUCACCACACAGUUUAUUGUAUUUUCACUCGAUCAACAUUGCCACGAUAUCGCUAUUUUUUUCAUAAUUAAAGGGCUGCCAACGCGAGGAAGAUUUAUGCGCGCUAUCGCGUCGGCGUUGCAUUA